CAUAAACUACACAGAAACCCUAUGCUCAUAGCUCUCCCCUACCUCCUUAUUUUGCAGAUAGGAAACUGAGGCUCAGAGCAUCUCACAGUGAAUGUGUAGCUUGAGAGCUUCUUCUCUCAGCCACAUACAAGGCCCAGCUGGGGCUGGUGCCAGAGCCACAGGAACAGAGGUCGCUGCAGGCCCGGCUGGUCCUCCUCCCACCGGGUUUUGGCAUGGCCGUGGGCACUCAUCUCCCUAGAGGAAGAGACAGCUCCAGGCAUAGGCAUAGCCACCCCUCCUUGUGUUUCUCACCUUAAAGGGUGUGGUGGGUGGGGACUGUGGCUACAGAAGGCCUCCUGCCAGGCCCUCACAUUCUCAGCCUCUGCCAGCCCUACUGGUGGGGGAGGGGCCUCCUGGCCCAGGCACUGGCGGAGACACUUUGAUCUUCAAGCAGACGAGGAGGGCCAGACCUGUUCUGCCUUUUCCAUGAGAAGAGAUACUCCCCCGGCGAGAGCUGGCAUCCCUACCUGGAGCCACAAGGUGUGAUGUAUUGCCUGCGCUGUACCUGCUCUGAGACUGCCCAUGUGAACUGUUACCAGCUGCGCUGCCCACCUGUCCACUGCCCCCAGCCCGUGUUGGAGCCGCAGCAGUGCUGUCCCAGGUGUGUGGAACCUCAUACCCCUUCUGGGCUCCGGGCCCCCCCAAAGUCCUGCCAGCACAAUGGGACCAUGUACCAACAUGGAGAGAUCUUCAGUGUCCGUGAGCUGUUCCCUGGCCGCCUGCCCAACCAGUGUGUCCUCUGCAGCUGUACGGAGGGACAGAUCUACUGUGGCCUCAUGACCUGCCCUGAACCCGGCUGCCCCGCACCCUUCCCACUGCCUGACUCCUGCUGCCAGGCCUGCAAAGAUGGGGUAAGUGAGAAGCCUGCUGGAGAGGACCCCGCACAGUCACAGAGGGGGCCGAGACGUUCCCAGGACCCAUGUUCCAGUGAAGGCGGGAGAAAGAGAGGCCCAGGCACCCCGGCCCCCACUGGGCCCAGCUCCCCUCUGGGUUUUAUCUCUCACCGCCACUUCCGACCAAAGGGACCAGGCAGCACAAUUGUCAAGAUUGUCCUGAAGGAUACACAUAACAAAGCCUGUGUGUACCGGGGGAAGACAUACUCCCACGGGGAGGUGUGGCACCCAGUCUUCCCCUCCUUUGGCCCCCUGCCCUGCAUCCGGUGCACUUGUCAGGAUGGCCGCCAGUACUGCCAGCACGUGACCUGCCCUGCCGAGUAUCCCUGCCAUCAUCCCAAGAGAGUGGCCGGGAAGUGCUGCAAGAUUUGCCCAGAGGACAGGGCAGAUCCUGGCCACAGUGAGAUCAGUUCCACCAGGUGUCCCAAGGCACCGAGCCGCGUCCUCAUCCACACGUCCGUGUCCCCAAGCCCAGGCAGCCUGCAUCGCUUUGCCCUUGAGCAUGAGGCCUCAGACCAGGUGGAGAUCUACCUCUGGAAACUGGUAAAAGAUGAGGAAACUGAGACUCAGAGAGGUGAAGUACCUGGCCCAAGGGCACACAGCCAGAAUCUUCCACUUGGUUCAGAUCAAGAAAGUCAGGAAGCAGGACUUCCAGAAAGAGGCCCAGAACUUCCGGCUGCUCACCAGCACCCACGAAGGUUACUGGAACAUCUUUCUAGCUCAGACUCCAGAGCUGAAGGUCACAGCCAGUCCAGACAAAGCAACCAAGACUUUAUAACAAAGACCUAAGUAACUGCAGAUAUGAGUUCUAUCAUUUUUGUUAUUAUAUAUUAAUAAAUAAAUUGCAUUACACUUCAA